GCCGGCGGCCGGAGAUGGGCGCCCGCCCCUCGAGGCGGCAGCAGCCUGAGGACCCGCCCAUGGCACUGGACGCGCUGCCCCCCGAGCUGCUGGUGCACGUGCUGAGCCACGUGCCGCCGCACGCGUUAGUGACGCGCUGCCGCCCUGUGUGCCGCGCCUGGCGCGACGUGGUGGACGGGCCCAGCGUGUGGCUGCUGCAGCUGGCCCGCGAUCGCAGCGCCGAGGGCCGCGCGCUCUACGCGAUGGCCCAGCGCUGCCUGCCCAACAGCGAGGACGAGGAGGAGUUCCCGCUCUGCGCCCUGGCGCGCUACUGCGUGCGCGCGCCGCUCGGCCGCAACCUCAUCUUCAACUCCUGCGGCGAGCAGGGCUUCAGAGGCUGGGAAGUGGAGCACGGCGGGAAUGGCUGGGCCGUGGAAAAGAACGUAAUUCUGGUGCCGGGGGCCCCUUCCCAGACCUGCUUCGUGACGUCUUUCGAAUGGUGCUUCAAGAGGCAGCUUGUGGACCUGGUGAUGGAGGGUGUGUGGCAGGAGCUGCUCGACAGCGCACAAAUCGAGAUCUGUGUAGCCGACUGGUGGGGCGCCCGGGAGAACUGCGGCUGCAUCUACCGGCUCCGGGUCCGCCUCCUAGACGUGUAUGAAAACGAAGUGGUCAAGUUCUCCGCCUCGCCCAACCCGGUCCUUCAGUGGACUGAGAGGGGCUGCCGACAGGUCUCCCACGUCUUCACCAACUUCGGCAAGGGCAUCCGCUACGUGUCUUUCGAGCAGUACGGGAGAGACACGCGGUCCUGGGUGGGCCACUAUGGUGCCCUGGUGACCCACUCCAGCGUGAGGGUGCGCAUCCGUCUGUCCUAGCGACCAGCCCGCUGAGGCCUCCUACAACAUACCGGGGCUGCCCGAUGCCAUCGUUCAUCAGGGACUUUGCAGCCAGGAGCCAGAGAUGCCCAGGGACAGUGGGUCCCGUCUGGCCUGUUCCGGGCAUGCCCUCCCUGUUACCCCCUUGCUGCUGCGUCAGCAGGGUGGCCCACGUGCUGUGUCCAUCCAUCCAGGGAGCCCACCAGCCUUUUCACGGCUUCCUCAGCUCCCCCGGUGGGGGCAUCAGACUCAGAGACUGCUAGUUAGCUUGCCGUUGGUAGACUGAGUCAGGCAACAGCGGGGGGAGACCUGACAGCCUGGGAGCAGGGAACCUUGGCUGUGUUUCUGGGUAGGCUGACUGCUGGCAGGGAGCAGGGGUCAGCCGGGGGUUCAGCCGC